UUCGUCCCGUCCCCGAUGGCCGCGCCCGCGCCGAGGCCGGCCCGCACCCUGCUCGCUCUCGCUCUCGCCGUCGCCGCCGUCGUCGCUUGGCCCGGCGCCUCGGGGGCCGCGGCGGGCGGCGCCGGCCCCAGCAGCGACGUGCUGCGGCGGGCGCGGCGCCCGGAGUUCGCGGCGUGGAUGGCCGGCGUCAGGCGGGCCAUCCACGAGCGCCCCGAGCUGGCGUUCCAGGAGUACGAGACGAGCGCGCUGGUCCGGAGGGAGCUCGACGCCAUGGGCGUCGCGUACAGGUACCCGGUCGCCGGGACGGGCGUUGCCGCGUCCGUCGGCACCGGGGGGCCGCCGUUCGUCGCGCUGCGCGCCGACAUGGACGCGCUCCCGCUGCAGGAGGAAGUGGAGUGGGAGCACAAGAGCAAGGAGGAGCGGAAGAUGCACGCCUGCGGCCACGACGCGCACACCGCAAUGCUGCUCGGCGCCGCCAGGAUCCUCCAUGAGCGCCGCCACGAGCUGCAGGGUACGGUGAUCCUUCUUUUCCAGCCGGGAGAGGAGGUGGGCAUUGGCGCCAAGAAGAUGGUGGAGGCCGGCGCCGUGGACAACGUUGAGGCCAUCUUCGGGUUCCACGUCACCGUGAUGCUCCCCACCGGCGUGGUCGGCUCCAGGGCCGGCCCGCUGCUGGCCGGGUGCGGGUUCUUCGAGGCGGUGAUCACCGGGGUGGGCGGCCACGCGGCCAUCCCCCAGAGCUCCAUCGACCCCGUCGUGGCCGCCUCCAGCGUCGUCCUGAGCCUGCAGAGCCUCGUCUCGCGGGAGGCCGACCCGCUGGACUCGCAGGUGGUGACUGUGACGAGGUUCCAAGGCGGCGGCGCGUUCAACGUGAUCCCGGACUCCGUGACCAUCGGCGGCACGUUCCGGUGCUUCUCCAGCGAGGGGUUCAUGCGGCUGAAGCGGCGGAUCGAGGAGGUGAUCGUGGCGCAGUCCGCGGUGCACCGGUGCGGCGCGUCCGUGGACUUCGGCGCGGGGGGCAGCCCGCUGCUCCCCCCGACCGUGAAUACCCCCUCGCUGCACGCGCACUUCGAGGCCGUCGCCGCGGACACGGUGGGCGCGGGCAACGUCCGCGGCGCGAUGGAGCCGUGCAUGGGGAGCGAGGACUUCUCGUCCUUCUCCGAGGCCGUGCCCUCGUCCCACUUCUACUUCGUCGGGAUCGGGAACGAGGGGAUCGGGGCCGUGCACGCCGCGCACUCGCCGCACUUCCUUAUCGACGACGACGCGCUCCCCUACGGCGCCGCAAUGCACGCCAACCUCGCCACGGGGUACCUGCGGCGCCGCGCGGCGUCCAGCGGGCCCGGCGACUCCCACGACGAACUGUAGUGCUCUACUGCGCGGCCUGUCGCGACACAGCGCCGGCGGCGACGGCCUCGCGCUCGCGCGCACCCGACGCAAGGCAGCUCGGUGAGCUCAACAAGGUCCAAGCCGCAGGCGGCGCCCUGCCAUCGUGGAGUACUAACCAGUGCCACGCAUUGGGGCAUUGGGAAUCCACUCGGUGUUCAGAUGUAGAGAUGUAGUCUGAUUGAUCAUGCUGCUCGGUUCGUGGGGGUGUAAAGCUGCUGGUCAAUCUCACGAUGUGAUUAUUAGUGCCUGAUAGAGGCGCUCACGUCUGAAUUCUGAAGCAAGAAUGAGCUCGUAAUGAAAGGCUCCCUGGUGAACUGUUUUGCUUGGGGUGUUUCCUAAGUA